AUGACCAUCUCCUGGUAUCUUUCACUAACUGCAGCCCUUCUCCUGGGCCCCUGGGGGUCUCUGACUCUUUCUGCACUGGCCCCUGAAAAUGAGGUGCCACUGCGACCCACAAACUGGCUUCAAGAGGACAAGGUCACUACUGUGAAUCUGCCAAAAGGACGCACCCGCAGGCUGUACUUCACAUUGAGAAAGAGAACCACGUCUAUGUCUGUGACUGUAAGCCCCUGUGCAGUGCCUAUUGAGUGGACGCUCACAGCCCGAAUGCUCAAGGACAAACCGAAGAACCCUCACUGUAAGUGGAGUGCCAAGAAGAGUUUGCCUGAGGUUUGGUGGAGGAACUCUGGGAGAGAGGCCAAGAUUUAUACUUUUACAGGCAAUGCUUUAGAUGUGUACACAGGUCCUGCAUAUGCCCCUGCAUCUAUCUACAUCCUCCGACUGAAGUCACGGGAGCAAGACACUAAGGUAUCUGUGUACCUCCAUGAGGGGCCUGAACCAUCAGGGGUUUUUCCACAGCUGCCAGCCGAUCCUCGGGUGCACACCCUUGGAGUGGGCAUGACCAGCGUCACUUUAAGUUGGGCAGCGAGCUCCUCUGUCCCCCUGCUAGGGCCAACUGACAAACAAAAUCAUGAGUAUUGUGUCUUAGUGAACCGCAAGCACAACUACCGAAGUCUUUGUGCUGCUCAGGAGGAAAUCAGAAAUGAAGGGGAAAAAGAAUAUGGACGAGAGACGAAAGACAAGCAGAUCAAAGAUUCUGUGUGGCCAGUUCUCAAAGACUGGUGGUGGCAACAGUGGGACACUCUAGAGGAUCGUCCCCUGACACACAACUAUGAGGAGCCUGACUGCAUCUGCAAAGGAACAGAGAACGUAUGUACAGUGUCUGACCUACUCCCAGACACACAAUAUUACUUUGAUGUGUUUGUGAUUGACAGAAAGAAUGGGACAAGUGCAGCCUACACUGGUACCUUCAGCCGUACACACGAAGAGGCCCAGCCUGCAGUCACCGUGCUGAGGGAAGGCCAAGUUCAGUGGGUCACUCUCCAGGAUCCCAGGAGCUCCAGGCAGCAAGGGGAGCAAAUCUUCAGCUUUCGGCCCCGAGGGAGGCAGCAAAAUGGCCUGCUUACCCUCCAGAGCUGUGAUAGUACUCAUAAGGUCAAAGUCACAGUAUCCACUAAAGGAAAGGUCCUCAUGUCCCAAGAAGUUGGAGAACGAGUGGCUCAAAUAUGGCUCCAGGGUGGUCCAGUGUAUCUCAUCCAACUCCAGAUUGUCGAGACUCCAAGUGUUAGAUCAAACAAAGGCUCCAGGACCUCCAAAGUCUCACUGAAAAUGCAAGCCUCAUCAGCCUACCAUCGUAGGGCAGCACCUGUCUUUCCUGCCACUCUGCAGAUGAAGUCUUUCAACAAGCUUCGCACCUGCAAUUCUGUCACCUUGGCUUGGAUGGGCACAGAGGAAAGAAGCCUCUACUGUGUGUACCAGCGAAAGCUCCCAAACAAUGGAAAGAAGACUGGCUCUAAAGGUGAUAUGGAUCAGUGCUUGAGCCCAGAAACACGGCCCAGCUCAGAAAGAGUCCUAUGCAAAUACUUCCAGGAGCUCAACCCUCGAAGGGCGGUCACUACAGCUGUGAUUGGAGGACUAGAACCUGGAGUUGUGUACAUGUUUGAUGUUUAUCUUGUGAGACGCUGGGGACUCCCGAUAAAAUAUUACAGCAAGACAGUGCGAACCAGAAGGGAGUGUUGAGGGCUCUAAGGUAUCUCAAAAACAUCCCAAUUAAAGCAGCCAAGGACUCAGCAUAGUGAGAUGACACAGAGAUAUAACUGUGAGAAAGCCAUUAUUUUUUCUUAAAGGAGGAUGGUGAUGCCAUGAAGUAAUGGUCACAUUUGACCAUUUAUACACCUAUACACACAUGGAAACACACAUUUACACAAAUCCACAGAUGCAAGGAAGUGGGAGAGUGACCUGGCACCAGCAAAAUGCAUUUCCAUGGUUGCUAUCCUACUACAGUUCAUACUGAC